ACUCAGCUCCUUUCUGUAUUCUUCAGCAGCCUUUAGCAUUUGAAGUGCCUUGGAUAGCUCGUAGGUUGCGUCUGCUCGCUGAAAGCUGCUGGCAUAAAGGCUGUGGUCAGUCUGCAGGUAUUUGGAGAGAUUGGAAUUUGAUCCCUCGAACCCAAUGUGCCUUGGUGGUGUUGCAAUGUGUUAUCUUGGCUCAGGGAUUUAACUUGCCUUGAAAUGUGCUGUCUAGGAACAACAGCUACCCAUGAAACUUGGAGUGCUUUUCCUCAGUGCUACCUGCAGUGUUUGUUUAGGAGUGUCUUGUCAGGGCUGACAUGCAUGAGUUGGUACAAGCAGUUGUAACAGUCUUAACUGGUAAUGCUUGAUCUUGCUACUUCAGACCAGAUUGAUGUUGAACAUGGCUUGUUGGUGUUACCUGUGGUAGCAAGUUCAGUCUUACUGAUGUCUCUUUGGCUUUGAAUGGUUUCCUUUCCAAGCAUCUUACAAGUAGUUUUUCUGCUUAAUCACGUAUUUUUCUGCCACAUCUUCAGUUUGUUGGAGAUGAGGAGGAUGGGUAGCACAAAGUGGUAACAUUUAGCAAUAAAGUCUUCUGUAAAUACUUAGAAUGAAGUAAUUUAUUACUUCAGGUACAUCCUGUACAAGCCUCUGAGGAUGUUCCAGGAGGUGGUGUCCCCUCUUUCUUGCCUUGCCAGUGGUAUAGGUCUACCUGUGCUCAGCAGUGUGUUGCUGGAUGAUGAAUUUUUUCUUCUGGGCGUAUCUAAUGGUCACUCGGAUAUCUCCAAAGCACCUAAAUCAACGGAGAUGUGCCUGGGCCCAGUCUCGGGAAGAGAGAGCAUUUCUUGGUGACCAGAAACAAACUCUUCUGGUAUGGUUUAGGCAACAGCACUGAGUGCUGCAUUACUUGUGAAAUGUCUAAUCUGGGAAGUUACCAGAGACAGCAAAACAUCUGUUGCUGUCUUGAGGCUUUUGCUACUCCCACAAGCAGGCAGAUUGGUUUAAAAUUAACUAGAAAAUUAAUUAAGCAUAGCUAAUGCCACUGGAGGUAUGCAUUGAGGCUUCUGGCCCUUAGAGAAUGUUUCCUUAAUGGCUUAGCGAAAGGCGUAUCUCUCUUUGCUGUUGGGGUGGAGGGAGCUGUGCCUACACCAGAGGACACUGAGCAAAUAAUGUGACAGUAAAUACCGUGUAACUGCGGAGAGCUGCCAGUGCUGCACCUGGGCAGGAGCUCUGGGAAGUGAGAGCAGUGCUUGGCUGAGGGCCUGGUAUUACAUGGAGCUGGUGGCAUGGCCCUGACUCCUGUUACUGCUCACUGACCAGUGAAGGUCUCAGGUUCCCCAGGAAGCAAGCAGGGAUGAUUGCAGGAGCAGUAGCAGCUGUGAGAUAGCUCAGCUUAGAGGAAGGGCAAUGUAGUGAUGAGGUAUGUAAAUAGUGAGGGCAAGGAAGGAGAUACAGCCUGUGUGCCAGCUGUGGGUGAGACACUGAGCAUGGGCUUUGUUAGCUGAGGGAAUUCAGGAAAAAAUGAGCCUUGAAACUUCCAGAGCAAGGCUGCUGGAAGUGUGUAAGUAUGCCAGAUAGGUUUUCUGGGAAUAACAUGACCCUGUGCUGGGACAGAAGUUGCAGAGAACAGAAAGGGCCCUGAGGCUAAGGGUUUAGGAAGCUGGGUUUGUCUUGGCUCACACUUCAAGCUGUGUGACUCUGCUGCUAGUUUAAUCCCUCUUCAUGCUUGCGAGCACAGCUGUGUGCAAAUGUACUGGUGCAUGCAAAUGUACUGAUGUGGCCCUGGGUGUGUGCUGGCCUCCCUGAAAGCAGGGGGGCUGUGCAGGUGGUGAUGGUCCAUUGGGUGGUGAAGUGAGCAGCAGAAUAAACCCAGCUUCUCUGCUGCUUUGUCUCCUGAUACCCUCUGGCAUCUUCCCCCAGUUGAGAGCAGAUCUGUCCUUGCUGGAAAACAAGUUGAGGAAGAAGUGUACAGUCUGUCUUCCCAGGCAUUUCUUGCUGCAGGAAAUUCUAACAGGCUGCUUACUUGAGGAGUUAUUUGUCCUGUUUGUCACCAACUUACGGAACAAAAACCUCACGAGAAUGAGGUUGUGGCUGAGCAGAUAAGCUGGGGGUGGUGGUGUGAAACUUCCCCUUUUCUCCAAAGAGCCGCUUCAUUUGCGCACGUGCUUGUUGUCCCUGUUCUUAGCAGCCAGGGACAUCCCAGUGGCUGUGUGCUUGCCCAGCAACGUGUUCAAUGUGCCCUCUGGUCUCUGCUGUGAUCCAUCUCUUGCUGUGAGGCUGGUGGGAUCUGCAGAGCUGUGCAUCCAAAGGCUCUGUCCUCAGAGGUGUUGGGCCAGCCAGAGGCUACUCCCCCAUCGUGUUACCAAACAUGCCAACUGCACCUUCAUCACCUCAUCCCAUCCCUUCUGCCUCAUUAACAGCUCUUGAAAUGUCUGCUAGUAUUUGAUGUCAUCUGAACAUGUAUCACAGAGGUAAACCAGGCCUGCUGUGAGGUCAGGUAAUGCUCAGCUGCCUGCCAAGGAGGGUUGGGCAAAUGCUGGGAGAUGCUGCUUUGAGGCCCAUGGCUUGUGUCUGCUCAGUGGCCUGUGCUGCAGAAGAACCACCCGGAUUUCUUAAAUUAGCACUGAAAGUUGUAUUUGCUCUUUCAGUCUGGAUUUGGCAGUGCAGAGUGUGCAGAAACACAGCUGGCUGUUCUUCCAGGCUUCAACCCAGCUGCCCUUGGCAGCCUCAGCUAUGAAAAGCUGGGGCUGACCAAGGGUCACCUGGGUGUGCCAGCUUAUUUUUUGUGUUUUGGAGGUUAUGGUAGGGAAGAGAAGGAGUCAGGUUGGUUUUAGGAGAAUUUUGUGGAAAGCCAUGUGAAACUUCAUUGUUCAAAAACCUUGAUGGGUGGUUUGCCUCCCAAGUGAUAGCCUGUUAAUCUCACAAUUAACAAAUAGGAGUUUGUGAAUUUAUUUGCUGCCUAACAUUCAAGCCUGACAUAGUCACAAUUUUAACUGUAAGAAAUAACUUCUCUUCACAGCUGAGUCUUUUCAACCCAAGAUUCCUGCUGCUGGCAGCUUGACAGCACAGCCCUGGGCAGGGCAAGGCGUACAUGGUUGUGGUCUCCAUGGGCUGGUGCUGGAUGUGUGGGAUUGAUGACCAGGGCCUUGUGCUGCUGAGCAUUUGAUUUGUGUGAGAUGGGAGCUGCUGGGUUUGGGCUUUGCCCCCCCUGCCAGCCAGGGGCUGACCUGCUGUGAGUGCUGGAGGGGCAGAGCGUGGCCAGGCUACCUAGAAGGCUCCUGCAGGAAGCAGCUGCAGGGUAACACUGAACGGUUGGGUCAACGCAGCACGAAGAUUAAUGGUGCUGUGAUGUACUUCUGGAUUGUGUGGGGGGAAAAACAGCUCUGGUUAUAGGACAAUCCCCAGCAAGGUGGUGAGCACGUGUGUGUGCGUGGCCUUCAGAUAAGGCCUUACACAGCAAAUGUUUAUCACAACAUCUUUCAGUGUUCCCUUUGCAAGCACUACACAGCAGCUUGGAUGUUUAACCUUUUGUUGGGGUUUAAAGCCUGCCCUGUCUCCUGCUAGCUGAAUUUAACCUUUCUGUGGGUUUUUAAAGCUGGCCUGCCUCCUGCUAGCCUGACCUUGCACUGGGAGGAGGCUGGGCUGCUGUAUCCCCGCUGUCCUGGCCUCUGCCUGGUUACUCCAGGGCAGGGAUGCUCGCAGCACCUCCAUGUUCCACAUGCUUUUGCUACUGUAGGCGGAAAGUCUCCAGCCUUCCUGUUCUUGCUGGAGGUCAAUGCCCGGCAGUCCCCUGUCCUCCUGUGCUCUUGGCUCAGGUCAUCUGCCAGCAGUAGCCUCUGAAGCGGUGGUGGGCGGGGAGCUGGCCCAUGAGGGCCAUGAAUGCACUAGAUCUACCAUGACCAGCACAUUGGCUCUGGGUUCUUGGUCUUUUUGUCCUUACCUACCCUGGGACAUCACUGACAAAUACCCCUGUAUCAAAAUGUCCUGCUUUUCCCUUUCCUUCAUGCUGGGGCAAAUUGCUGCCCUCAUGCUGGGCAGAGGGGUGGCGGUGGCCUCCUGAGUCCUGCUCUGCUUUCAUUUCCAGUGGCUGACAUCAGUCUCAGCAGGGCUGCUGCCCUCCUGCAGUGUCUCCUCCAGAUCUGUUCCAGCAAAACCUAAACUGCGUGCAACACUCCUGAGUUUGUGGCCUGCAAUAAAUGGGAAUGUGUUGUUCCUCUGCCAAAAGCUGUGCUGAGGAUGCAGGCGGAUGUUCUUGCGUGACACCCAGCAGCAUUGUGUCUGACUGCCAAUUUAAGUGCCUCACUGCCUCUGACGCGUUUGCACUGCAGUGCCUGGGGGUACGUACGCUCUCCUGCUGUGGCUGCAGGACUCCUUCACCCCAGGUCUUGGCCGCUGCACCACCAUCCCUUGAACUGAGAGCUGCUGGGGAGAGCUGGGCAUGUGAGAGCCAUGAACUGAAGGACAGAAACUGGAGCCGUUGCAAGAUUAAAGCCUCUUGAAUUUAAAUCCUUUUGUAACAUGCCCAUGCCCUUUGCAGCUUCCCUGUAAAGACCUAGCCAGGACAGCAAGGAUGCUACAGCGGCUGAAGCAAUGGCGCUGGGCUGCCAUGCGGGAGCUACACUGGUCAGACACCUGCUAUAUUUGUGUAUGCUUCCAACAUUUAAUUGUUUGUUUAUCGCGCAGUAUAAGCUCACAGCAGGCAGCCUGUCCUGGCCCACCGUGCUGUUUGCCUGGAGAAGUCUGGAGGAAGCCUGCAGAUGCUCAGUUUCCCUUGGUGGGUCAGUGACCGUGAGUGCCUCCCGCGGGGUACCCAAGGCCAUUCACUUUCUCAACUCAGGAAGAAAACAGCGGGGCAGGGUGGGGGCCGCUGGACAGCGGGGCUCCCCGGAGGAAACAUGUUCACCCGGCGCAGGGAGGAUGAGGCAUCUGCUGGGGAGAGGAGGGAGGCUGGCACCUUUUCUUGCUCGGGGGGCUGAGUUGCUGAGAUUUCACCUUUUCUCCAUCAGUCUUGCUGGCAAAAUGGUUCAUGGGAGCUGCUGGGAGCCUCGUUGCUGAAAUAACCUCACUCUGUUUUGUCCUGGAGCUCAUUUUGGGAUGGGCCCUAGCACCACAACAGGAGUGCCGGGGGGGAUGGUGGUGUGCAGGGCAGGUCCGCACCAGGAGCGGAUAUGAACUUGGGUUUCUAACUCUUCCCAAAUAGUGGCUGAGAUGUUAGGUGUGUGAAAAGCUCUAGCUUAGUGGUUCUUCCCCCUCUGGAAGAUGGCAAACCAAAGACUGUUCAAAAAUCCAGCCUGGAGGCAGAGAGUGUCCCAGUCCUCUGAUCAUAGAGCUCUCCAGGGAGAUGUGGGUUCACCCAGCAGCAGGAGGGCCCCCCUUCCCAGGAGCAUGCCUGAGUUUCUCCACAGUGUGCCUAAAUUCAGUGGAGGGGGAAACGGUUAAUAACGUAGGUACCUUUUGAACAGGGCUUUGCUGGGAAAUUGCUGCAGGAAUGCAAAAUAUGGAAUGUUUCUGUGUGCAGAGCAAAUGAACUGGCUGGAGGCAGAGUGCGAGGCUGCUCCCUUGACUUUAUCCCCUUCCAAUCUCCAUCUCCAGCUUUCUCCUCCUGCCUUGAUACGUGCAUGCUCUGAGUUAAAGCGGUCUUGGCAGGAGAGCCAAGUCCUGCAGCCUGAGUGCCUGCUGUGGGACGAAGGCAGCGUGUGACUUGAAGAGUGUUAAGGAAACUAUAGGAAGAUUAGGAAGUGUGUGAUGAGUUUUGAUAACUGGAGGAAGCAGGUCAUGUCCUGCUUCGAACAAGCUCUGCUUGGAGGUAUGAAAGCAGCCUUUGCCACAGUCAAGAGUCAGUCGAUCUCGUCAGCACUCUCCCCUCUGGCUGAAGAUGCUCUGGGCUGACAGGAUGAGGCUGGGGACCUUCGGGAUCUUGCUAAUGCUCGUCCGUGUGGCGGCAGCCUGUGAGUUCGGGCCCUUCCCUUACAGCGUCACAGGGAUCGUCUGCAGGAUGACCAAGCCCGCAGCAUUGCUGUUGAACCAGGAAACAGCGCAGGUCAUUCAAGCGGCAUUCAGAAAUGCCAAAUUCCCAAACAUCACUGGGGAAAGGUCCAUGCGGCUCCUUGGCAAGGUGGCUUACGGGCUAACAAACAUCCAGGUCAAUGACUUGUCCAUAGAGCAGAGCGAGGUGGAACUCAAGGAGAACGAUGCCAUUCACAUUGACAUUAAAAACGUGACAGCCUUCUUCAAAGGGACCCUGACCUACGGCUACGCCGGGGCCUGGUUUUUGCAGCUUUCUCAUUCGGUCGAUUUUGAAAUCGAGUCUUCCAUUGACCUCCAGAUAAACAUUAAACUGAUGUGCCAGAAGGACCAAGUGGCUGCUGAUGCCUCGGACUGCUACCUGACUUUCCACAAACUGACACUUCACCUCCAAGGAGACAAGGAGCCAGGCUGGCUGAAGCAGCUCUUCACGGAUUUCAUCUCAUUCACUCUGAAGCUUGUUCUCAAGAGCGAGGUGUGCAAUGAAAUAAACUUUCUCGCCCAGGUGCUGGCAAAUUUUGUACAUGAUUUAGCAGCGAAUUUUGUCCAGGAUGAGGAUAUCAGACUUGAUAUCUCCCUUGCAUCAGUUCCUUUAAUAAAAGCAAAUUACUUAGAAUCACAUCACAAGGGCCUUGUCCUGUAUGAGAACUACUCCGAUGUCUUCAGUGACUCUGUUUUCUCUCCGUCACUGCUGACCGAGUCCCGAAUGCUCUACUUCUGGCUGUCCGAACACAUCCUCAACUCUCUGGCUUCGGCAGCUUUCUUAGAUAAGCGCCUGGUGUUGACCAUCAGAGGAGAGAAGUUGCAGGCGCUGUUUGAAAUGGAAGGCACAGAAGCUCAGCAGAAGGCAGUGCAGAUGAUUUUUCAAGGCACCUCCUACAAUGACUCUGUGGCCAAGGUGUGGAGUCUCGCCCAUCCCCAAAUCUCUGUUCAGCCUGAAGGGACAGUUGUGAAGUCCAUGGUAGCAGUGGAGGUCAGCAUCUUUCCCACAGGAGAAGAGCCCCUGAUGGUUCUAUACAUGGAGAAGGAAAUCACAGUCACUGUCCAAGCUGCCUAUGCAGAAAAGAAACUCAUUUUGCACCCUUUGGACUCCAGGAUAGAGUUUAAAGUCUUUGAAUGCACAGCUGAUCCAAGUGGGAAUGAUCCAUCCAUAAGAAACUUCCUGCAGACAAUGAUCUCUGUUGUCGGGAUCCCCGAAGUGAUUUCAAGGAUCGAACCAACUUUGACUUCACUGAUGAACAGCAAAGGGCUUCAUCUAUUUGAGAUCAAAAAUCCCGAGAUCAUCACAAGAAAGGGAUAUGUAAUUGUACAACUUGACUUUAGCUUCCCAAAUCAUUUGCUACUCGAUUUUCUUGAGAAAAGAUUAUAGAUCUGCUCUCUUCAUAAAGGGGUGCAGGAACUUGUGUUCAAACAGAAAGAUUGUGUGUGAACCAAUUAAAAGACGAGCUGAUUUAAAUCAGCUGCAGUUGAAUUUUCUUUUCCUGAGAAGUGCUUCAGUUUCAUUACAGUUGUAUUUCCACAGAGCCUUUCAUCUGCAAAGAUCUUGCAGUCUGCACCUCAAUGCAUGCUACUUUUUCAGGAUCUUUAAAGGACUUGAGCUUAGGAGUAAGGGUUGGACCCUCGAAGUGCGUGGGCUCUGGGUGAGCUGCAGAAACGGGGUUUGCCCACCUUUUGGUAUCUGUUACAUUUUGGAAACGUAGCAUCUUUUGUGCUGAUCCUGGGUUUUUGUUUCUACCAUGAGCCAAGAGCAUCCUGAUUUUGAUAGACUUCAACUCAAAUAACUCCAAGUAAGCUCAGAACCACUUAUGCUAAAGGACCUGGGUAUGGCUGAAGAAAUAAAUGGGAUGUGGAUUUACAGUGCAGUACAGUAAUGGAGAGAUCUUGUGCCUUGGGUACUUUCUUUACAGAGUCUGUGGACUGUGUAGAGCUCUAAGCAAAGUGUUAUGCCUGUGUUGUUGAUACAGUGGAAGCAAACUUGAGAAAAGCAAUAAAAAGGAAGCCAAAGAGAUAA